AUGGGUGCAGAGUUUCAGAGGCAGGAGUGCCCUCUCCACGGGUUGGUGAUGAAGAUCAAGCAAGAGAAGCCCGAGUGGCUGCUGCAGACGCUGGUGCCGCAAGCCGUGCUGUCAGACAGAGACAAGGAAAACAUUUUCCAGCAGCGCCGGGGCCUCUCGCCAUGCCAGACCACCGGGAAGCCUCGAGCCUUGGGGACGCAGGAGGAGACUGGCGGUCCAAGGUGGACCCCUCACACUGAGCAGGAGGCAGGGCUGGCAAGCCGAGCUCCUGCCGCCCCCGGGGCCCUGAGCCCGGCACUCUCUGCCGGCGAGGGUCACUUUGUGUGCCUGGACUGCGGAAAACGGUUCAGCUGGUGGUCGUCCUUGAAGAUUCACCAGCGCACCCACACAGGUGAGAAGCCCUACCUCUGCGGCAAAUGCGGCAAGCGCUUCAGCCAGAAGCCAAACCUGGUGCGCCACCAACGACACCACACAGGCGAGAGGCCCUUCUGCUGCCCGGAGUGCGAGAGGUGCUUCAGCCAGAAGCAGCACCUGCUCAAGCAUCAGAAGACCCAUUCCCGGCCCGCUACCCACUCGUGCCCCGAGUGCGAGCGCUGCUUCCGCCACCAGGUGGGUCUCCGCAUCCAUCAGCGCGCGCAUGCCCGGGACCGCCAGGGCACGCACACUAGUCUGCACGAGCUCCGGGAUGCAGUGGCACACCGGGCCUGUCGCCCGCAGCGGGGACUUCCCCGGGGACGGCCGGAGUGGGCCUGGCUGGGGCUCUGCCAGCGUUGGUGGGGCCAUGCAGGGACACAGACUGCAGUUCUAGGCCUGUCAGGUCCCGGUGAGCAGCGCCAGUUCAUCUGUAAUGAGUGCGGCAAGAGCUUCUCGUGGUGGUCAUCGCUGAACAUCCACCAGCGCAUCCACACGGGCGAGAGGCCCUACGCGUGCCCUGAGUGCGGCCGCCGCUUCAGCCAGAAGCCCAACCUGACGCGGCACCUGCGCAACCACACGGGCGAGCGGCCGCACCAGUGCCUGCACUGCAGCCGCAGCUUCCGACAGAAGCAGCACCUGCUCAAACACGAGCGCACACACAUGCCCGGCGCCCAGGCAUUACCUUGUCCCAGCUGCGGGAAGAGCUGCCCCAACCGAACUGCACUACGCGCCCACCUACGUGCUCAUGCUACUGCUGCCAAGCCGCUGUGCCCGGGGCCUGAGGUGACAGGUGCAGAGCCAAUCCCGGAACCCAAAGCUGAGGAUCCCCAGGGCGUGGCUGCACCACCGUGCAGCCCUCAGCGUCCACAGGGAGUCGGAGAAGGGUCCUGGGGCCGAGGGACCAGCGAGCCCCGCCAGUUCAUCUGCAAUGAAUGUGGCAAGAGCUUCUCGUGGUGGUCGGCACUGACUAUCCACCAACGCAUCCACACGGGCGAGCGGCCUUACCCGUGCCCCGAGUGCGGCCGCCGCUUCAGCCAGAAGCCCAACCUGACGCGGCACCAACGCAACCACACGGGAGAGCGGCCCUAUCUGUGCACCACCUGCGGCCGCGGCUUCAGCCAAAAGCAGCACCUGCUCAAGCACCAGCGUGUUCACCGUGGAGCCCAGGAGGAGACGCUGUAGCGCACUGGGACCCAGGCCGACCCGCGCUGGUGUGUGUUGGGAGGGAGUUAUUUGCAGGGAGAAUGUGUGAGCAUGGCCCA